ACAAACUUUGCUUUAUUGGUGAAGAUUUUGCUCAACGAGUCGAAUCCAUCCAAUCUUCUUUAGCCAUCUAAUUAACAAUUCGUGCCAACAGUUCAUGGUUGAACAGACUUGGUGCUCGUUGUUUGUGUCUUACUUAAAUUUGUUAUUGAAAUUAAUUGAUAUCAGCAGUAUUGAAUGAACGCGAAAAUUUAUUUUCAAUUAUAUGUGCAAAUGGUGACGAUUAUUUAAACAAUGGAAAUAACUGUUUGGUGUUCGGCGUUGUUAAUGUUAAUAAGCACAUUUUGCCAGUGUGCCACCUCCAGAGAUCCUCAUCACCCCUAUCGCUCAACAUAUGAGAACAGCACAUUAAAAAGGGUAAGACGACAAUCCGCAUGCAAAGGCGAUUUUUCAAAAUUCCAAUGCGAAACCAAUCCGGAAUGCAUCGACAGCGACAAACAGUGCGAUGGAAAGGACGACUGUCCAGAUGGAAGCGAUGAAAAACAGUCGCUGUGCCAAUCAAUCGUUUGUCCAGGGUUUCUUUUCCAAUGUGAAUACGGUGCCUGUAUCAGUUUUGAUCAAAGAUGCGAUGGCAAGAAGGACUGCAAGGAUAAUUCAGAUGAAAUCGGUUGUCCACCAUUAUUUCAAAAAAUCAACACCAACUGCAGAUCUGACCAGUUUGAAUGCACCAAUGGACAAUGCAUUGAAAUAGAUGGCCGAUGCAACGGUGCCAUCGAAUGCAAGGACAAAAGCGAUGAAACUGAGACGUUGUGCUUGAACACCGAAUGUCCUGGAUAUACGUUCAAAUGCAAAUAUGGAGCUUGUGUUAAUGGCGAUGCAGAAUGUAACGGCUAUCGCGAAUGUGCAGACGGUUCAGAUGAAGACAAGUGCACGCAAACUCCACCAACUACCACUGAAACUCCGGUUACAACGAACAUUUCUGGAGUUUUUAGGGCGCACUGUAUCACGCCUCCUCAGCCUGAAAAUGGAAAAUGGAUUAACUUCUUAAAUGAGGGAGUGCAAGAGGUGCCAAAUAUACAGGUUCCCCUGAAGACCACGCUGAAAUUUACCUGCAAUGAUAAGUACAAGCUAUCAACCACCACAAAAUCCGAAGAGUUCGUUUAUUGCAGAAACGAUGCUCAAUGGAGCUUUACCGUGUUUCCCAAGUGCCAAAGGCUGUGCCCCAAAAUGUACAAUGGAAACAACGCGAUUAUCAGUUGCAAGCUGGACGGAUCCAUUGUUCCUUGUGAAAUGGCCACUUUUGGAACCACAAUGACUUUCACGUGUAAUCCUUAUUAUGAACCAACUAUUAUUGGAUUGAAUACCAUUAAUACUUGUGGAGAUGGGGUGUGGUACUACGACAAUCCAAAAUGCCAACCAAUUUGCGGGCAAAAACAAGUUGAAGCCCAAACGUUGGUGGUUGGAGGCGCCCCGGUAAAAAGAGGCCAAUAUCCAUGGGUAGCCGCCCUCUUCAGUAACAGGGAAUCGGGAAGUUACACGAAUAUAUGUGGUGGAUCACUAUUGUCUACAUCUAUAGUGCUUACAGCUGCACAUUGUGUGACAUAUCAAGCCACAGGAAAACCGAUCAAUAAAAAGUUUUUUAAAGUGGCAGCCGGAAAAUAUUACAAUGCAUAUGGAGAUGUAAAAGAUAUGGACACCACACAAGUUUCAGCGGUUAAACAAAUUGUGGUUCAAGAUGAUUAUCUGGGAGACAUACAAAAUUUCCGAGGCGAUAUUGCUUUAAUUAAAUUGGUAACCAGCUUUGCGCUAUCCAAAGUGGUUCAGCCAGUCUGCACGUUUUCUAAUGAGCAACUUCUGACUUCAAACAGCGUCGCAGCAGUUGCUGGCUGGGGAUAUACUACAAGUAGUGGAAAACCAUCCACAGUUUUACAGGAAAUCGAUCUCCCCUAUGUAUCCAAUGAACAGUGUCGCACUGAAUUGAGUCCUGAUUUUGCUCAGAAAUAUUUACUUUCCGACAAGCUCUGCGCCGGCUAUGUAAAUAAAAAUAUGAGUGUGUGUAGAGGAGACAGUGGAGGAGGUUUGGUAUUUAGAGCCUCUAACAAUCGGUAUUACCUGCUAGGCAUUGUUAGUCUAGCUCAUUCCUUCCUGCAAAAUAAUCAGCAGAGCUGCGAUAUUCAGAAACGCGCACUUUUCACCGAUGUGAGCAAAUAUAAAGAGUGGGUGUUAAAAUAUGCACAAAUUUUGUCACAGUGACAAAAUAAAGCCAAUUUUGAGGGUUGUGUAUUCACGAAAUAAUGGACUGCAAUAAAAAAAUUCAAUUAUUA